AUGGCGGCUGGGCUGUUAAUGAUGCAUCUUUAAAUUGUUUCCAUUUUGUAGCGUCUGCAUUAUAAAAAUUGUUAUGGAUAACCAAAGAAUAGGGUCCUUAAACUCUCUGGCAGAUUAUGGACUUGGUGAGAGUGAUAUUGAAGACUCUGAUGAUGAAGUAGAACCGGAAAACAAGCCGAUUGUUGCGGCGAGACCUUCGGUUUCCCAAGCGUACGUUAAAACAAGUGCUCGGUUAGUCUCCUAUGAUGAUGAAGAAGAAAAAGGGGAAGAGCUUAAAGAUGAGGUAAUUGAUAAAGACCCAGAGACUGUUGAAGAGACUGUCAGUGAUGAAAAAGUGAUAGAUAAAGAUGUUACUGAUGAAGAUUCCUCUCAAGAAAAAAAUACUGCUCAAGUUUCUUUGACAAUCAGUGACUCAUCAGAAAUGGUGCAAUCAGGAGAAAAAGAUGAUUCUAUUGUUGAGGAUCUCACCACAGAAACAUCAAACUCAAUAACUGACAUAAAGAUGCCGCAGUUACCACCUGAACCUACUGGCCGGUGUUCCAACGCUCUCCAGGAUAAGAUUCGAUCACUGUUAGAAAAGACACACCAAGAAAAGCUUGAUUUAAACACCAACAUACAAAACAGGAAAGAUUAUAGAAACCCAAGUAUCUAUAAGAAGCUCUUGCAAUUUCUCAACAUUGAUGAAACUGGUAGCAACUAUCCAAAGAGUUUGUUCGAUCCAACCUGUUGGCCUGAGGAGUCUUACUAUGAAAGCUUAUCCAAAGCUCAGAAAGAAGCUUACGAGAGAAAGGAAAAAGAAAAAGCAAAGCAAGCAAGAACACAGGUGGAAUUUGUGUCUGGGACCAAAAAGUCAGGUGCAGAGGAACCAAAGAAGAGGAAGAGCAAAUGGGAUGUGAGUGCAGCCCCAGCACCUCCUGUCAAAACCGCAACUCCACCAGUAAAAGUUGGAGCACAGGGAUCAGUUGUCUCCUCUUCUAUUGACAUUAGUGCUGCCAAAAAGCCAAAGGUUUCUUGAUGGUAGCAGUCUCAGGCAGAAGGAUCAAGUCAAUCUUACAGAGACAGCUAGAACAGCAUUAACAAAUGCAGUUUAUUUCUCAAACUGUUUUGAGGAAACAAUGCAGGAGGUCAAAGAUUUUCCUUGUAAAUCUAUGGACAUGUACAUUAAUCUGUUAUUUUACAUUGUAUAUCAAUAAAUAUUAGAUGAAAUCAAAAUUUUCACU